AUGGGGCAAACACAAGACCAAAAUGCCGAAGAUAUCCAGCGGCGUAUUCUACAAAACACUCUCGACGAAGUAGCGGCAAGAGAAGAAGACGCAACGGAUUGCUGCGUCAUCUGCCUCGACAUAAUCACAGAGCCAUGCGAAGCGCUGCCAUGCGGCCACCGCAAUUUCGACUACAUUUGCGUAUCGAACUGGCUGUUUGGGACUCCGCAGUGUCCGCUCUGCAAAGCCAAAGUUAUCAAAGUCGUCCAUGGGCCGUCCGACGAUCUGAUAACAACAUUCUUCAACCAAACGCCCUCAACUGCGAGCAGUAGUACCGCAACAACAUCACGACCCGGCGGCAGCAUAAAUUUCGGACGCCGAGGAAGAUACAGGGUUAGGGGGCAACGAAGUGCGUGGCCUCGAAACGAUGCGCGAUCAACAGCAGUCUCCAACGUGGUUGCUGCUCGCCGAGAUGUGUAUCGUCAUCAGCGAUAUUCCAAACACGUUGGGUCCAACCGCCUCUCCCGCUAUCGCGAGUUAACUCCACAAAUGUUCUGUACGGAUACAGAGCUAGUGUCUCGCGCGAGGAUGUGGAUUCGGCGAGAACUCCGCGUGUUUUCGUUUCUCACUCCAGAUGAAGACGAAGGAGACGAGAUCUCAAGCCGACCUACCCCUUCUUCUCCGAAAACGGCCGUGCAGCACCGUCGCGCUAAUAAUGCCGAAUUUCUGCUCGAGUACAUUAUUGCAAUAUUAAAGUCAGUGGAUAUUAUGGGAAGCGGCGGCCAGGCAGAAGAUAUGCUAUCCGACUUCCUGGGACGGGAGAAUACAAAGUUAUUUUUACACGAGUUGCGUGCUUGGCUACGGAGCCCGUUUACUAAGCUUGAGGACUGGGAUAGAGCUGUACAGUAUGAGACGGACACUGAGAGGGCAGGACGAAGAGGAGAUGUUCCUAGGGUCGAUGGGCGAGCUGAGGACAGGACUGAACGGGAGCGUGGGGAGACGAAUAGACAAGGUUUCAGGCAAAAGGGGGAUUUUUACCGUCCUAGAGGACGGAGGGACAUGAGACAUGGAGUUGAUAGAUCGAGAGACGGUGAGCGAAGGAGACGGAGGAGCGCAUCGCCUAGACAUGUAUAG